AUGCAGCAGGAGCUAGUGCAAAAUGUUCUUGUUCGAUGUGGGUAUGACCAGCCAACACCGGCCCAGAAGCACGCUGUUCCAGCGGCGCUGUCGGGAAAUGAUGUUAUGGUUGCUGCUCAGACAGGCAGUGGCAAGACGGCAGCUUUUCUCAUUCCCUUGAUUGCCGAGACUUUGAUAGCUGGCGCGCACGAGUUGGAGGAAGGUCCAAUUCGUCCCACAGCGGUGGUCUUGGCUCCAACACGCGAGCUGUGCCAGCAGAUCACGCUGGAAGCUCGCAAGCUUUGCUUUAGGACUCUUGCUCGAGCAGUUGCUAUCUAUGGAGGGGCAGAUGCCUUGCCGCAGCUGAAGGCACUGGCAGAGGGCGCCGAGAUAGUGAUCUGCACCCCUGGGCGUCUCGAGGACUUUCUCGAGCGUGGUGUCAUUAGCAUGACCAACGUGCGGUAUCUCGUCCUCGACGAGGCCGACCGGAUGCUCGACAUGGGCUUCGAGCCGCAGAUCCGCUCCAUCAUAGAAGGCCACAGUAUGCCUGAGUCUGGGGGCGAGGAAGGCAGACAAACCAUGAUGUUCUCGGCGACCUUCCCAAGGGAGAUGCAGGACCUGGCCCUGGACUUCCUGGAUCCAACAUACCUGUGGAUCGGUGUUGGGAAAGUGGGAGAAGCAUGCGAGAAUGUGGUUCAGCGCUUCCAGGACGCGAGCACCACCGACUUGGACGGCAAGUUCGAGAUGUUGGUCGAGGCUGUCAAGGAGGUGGAGGUCAAGAGCGACGGCGACGACAAGUAUGCGAAGACGCUGGUCUUCGCAAACUCCAAGACCACUGUCGAUGCGGUUUGUUGGAGACUCUCCGAUGCCCGGGUGCGGAGCAUGCAGAUCCACGGUGGCCUCUCCCAGGCCGCCCGGGAUCGUGCACUGGCCGAUUUCCGCAACGGCCGGGUCAAUGUACUCGUCGCCACGGACGUCGCAGCACGGGGUCUCGACCUCCCAGGUGUUGACCACGUGGUGAAUUACGAGCUUCCUCACAACGCGGAGGACUACACCCAUCGGAUUGGCCGAACUGGUCGCAUUGGGAACACGGGGAUCUCAACCUCGCUCGUGGGCAGCUGGGAACCGGCUUUGAAAGAGAUCAUCAGGUCCAUCCAGGAGAUGAAGACUGUGGAAAUCCCCGAGUGGCUUGAAUACAAGGCCCUCGGUGGCGGAAGCGCACGCAGCGCCGGGCGUGGACGGGGGGCCUAUGGCUAUGCAGAUCGGUACAACCAGAGAAGAAGCGACAAUGAGGACGAUGGCCGCUUCAAUCCAGGUUACAGCCGAAGAGGCCAGGGUGGAUACCGGCAGCGCUUCUCGAACGAGGGAGGCCGACAGCGCUUCUCCAACGAAGGAAGGGGGCGGUCGCCACCGCGAAAAGGUAAUCGCCAAAGAGGUGAGGAUUUGCCUCCCUGGGCGCGCGGCCUCCCACCGAGGCAACGGAUGCGCUGA